AUGUUGUCGAAUCUUAUCCGCUGCAUGCGCGGAAGCAAGAAGGACUCCGAUGUCGCCCGACUCCUGUCGGUGAUCAAAUGCCUCUCGAAUGAGAGAGCGACACUGCAACAUGAUCUCUUCGAAGCCGUCGAGACGGUCACCUCGCUCAAGGCCCAACUGGCAGAAUACGAUCUCCUGGUGGCACAUCUGCAAUCUCGGACCCACGUGUUUACCCCUCCAACGCCAGACAUGGAUGAAAAGCCACUUGAGAUUCAGACCAGUAUUAAAGCAAGCGCAGGCACCUGGAUCGCUGACAUCUGGCUCUCCUCCGACAACGAGUCAGGACCCCUCGCAGAAGCAGAACGACAAUGGCAUGAUGGAUACCCCGAAUUCGCGAUGGACAUUGUCUCCCGUGCAAUAUGCACCGAUCCAUUCCUCCCCCCAGUCGAAGAGAUCCGCUGCCGCAUCUUCGUGGCCGCACUCCUACACUCUGUGGGACGAUACGAAGAAUCCAACAAGCGCGUGGACUUUGCCCUCCAGAUGCUCUCGCGCCACUACCUCUUCGACAGCUCACACACCCGCGACUUCACCGGCAUGGCGCAUUACAUCCGUGGACGGAAUCUACUGACCCUGAAAGCAUUCACCGAGGCUUACUGGUCGCUCGCCCGCGCGCUGUGCACGCCUGGGUAUCACACCAAGACUCGCCACUACCAGCGGAAAGCGAUCGAAGAUUUUACUCGCGAAGAGGCCGUGGAUGGACACAGUGUCUCUUCCAAGGCAUCUAUUCGUCCCCUGCUUGGAUCGGCUGACAGCAGAAGCUCACUCUGUCUAGUUUCCUCUGACCUCUUCUGGCGGACCUCGCUUGACCACACCAUGGAAACAACCGUUUUCAAUGUGCGAGAACCAGCGUGCUCUUCGGUUCGAUCGAUCGAUGAAAUGAUUUUUGCUGAUUCUACUACAGUUUUGUCCGUAUCUGAUGAAGAGAAAUAG